CGUGGAGGAGGUGGAGGUCACCGCAUCUCCCUUCUCCUCUUGCAUUCACAGCUCUCUAUACUUGUCAACAGCUGCACAUAUACCAACUAUGGGAGUCACAUUCUCAUCUCUCUGGUCACGCCUGUUUGCACGCAAAGAGACCAAAGUCCUCCUCAUUGGUCUCGAUAAUGCCGGUAAAUCAACAAUCCUUUACCGCAUAACAACAGGCGCCGUAGUCGCAUCCGCACCUACAGUAGGAAGCAACCACGAAAUAUACGACUAUAAAGGUGUCCGAUUCGGGCUGAUUGAUAUUGGUGGACAAACGAGCUUGAGGAGUUCAUGGAGUCAGUACUUCAAUGGAACCGAAGCGGUGAUCUUGGUGAUUGAUUCGUGUGAUGGACCAAGAUUGGGGCUGGUGAAGCAAGAGUUGAUGAAGAUUGUUGCAGACGAAUCAUUAUCAACCGCACUUUUGCUUGUACUCGCAAACAAGCAGGAUCUACCAGUGUCUCAAGGUCGUCUCACACCCGCCCAAAUAUCCGAGGCUCUCAGUCUCACAGACCUGCGGCAGAGAGAAUGGCAGAUUAUGGGAUGUAGUGCCCUGACGGGAGCUGGGUUGAUGGAAGGGAUGGACUGGCUCGUCACAAAGUUAGCCGCGCGUUAAAUAGUAAACAGAGUAGUGUAAAUAGUAACGACCGGUAACGCAAUACCUUUCAUGACAAACGCCUAGAAGCACAACGUUGUAGAUGCAUGUCAAAAAUCCGCAAAAU